AGCUUUUUGUAAAACGGGUGUUUCAAGCGGUGGACGACGGUAACCAUGACAACCUAAACAAGCUUCUCGCCUGUAAGAAGUACGCUGCUGGCAGAGAUCAUUGUGGCCGUACACCACUUAUGAAGGCUGUCCUACACCAACGGCGUAGUAUGGUCCUCAAACUAGUCACUGAAUGUACCUUUACAAUAAAUUUACCGGAUUCGGUGAGUACCCUUGAGAUUAAUGAAUCAAAUUAUUAACUGAAAUUAAGUUUGACAGUUCUCUCAAUUCAAUUAUUGAAAAAAAACAACGUAGAAGUCCACUUUCUCCAAUUAAAAUACGUUGUUAGUUUGUAGGUGGUGCCGUGGCUUAGAAGUGCAUGCCGCGGCACUGGGCGUUGCUCUUGAACGGCGACUCACCAAGUCAAACAUUCGUUAGGGCUGCAGAAUAUGGGAAAAGUUAGGAAACCCUACGAGGUCAUUCAUCAAACGCCAGCUGUUUAGGACAAAUGGGAUUUUUUGUAAUGGUCUUCUAAGAUAUUGAAACAUAAACCAGAUUAUUGAAAGUUUUUUUUUUUUUCUCAUUUUUUUUUUAAAAUUUAGAGUAUUAAAUUCUAGUUAGCGAAUCAAAUCUUUUUUACUUAUUAAGUUCUGACAUGGAGGAUUUUUUAAAAAAAUCCUUUAUAUUAAUAUUAAUUUCGUUUUUGUUUGUGUGUUUCUGUGUUUGAGGCAAAAAUCUUCGGACCGCUUUCCGUCAUCCAAUCCAACUGAAACUUGGCACAUUGACUCGUCGAUAACAGCACAUUCUUUCAAAUUUUCAGCCCAACCCCAACCCCAAAAAUCAGUUUCUCCUGUUUUUCAAGGAGGGGAUGAAUCAAAUAUGAUUUUUGUUCCAUGGUUGCGUGUAUUUUGUUGUUGAGAUUUAUUGUGUAACUGUUGGUAUGUGCUUUGUAUUUGUGGUGUAUUUGGGUCUGCAGUAAAAAAAUCAAAUUUAUUUUUGAAGUGGACAAUGAACUAUCAAACGUCUUUUACGCCAAAAGUUGAACCAUUUCCAUAUCCAUAACAGAUUCCUAAGAAAUAAUAAAUCAUGUACAAUUACAUAAAUGCCAACAAAAAUGCAUAUUGAAGGAAUUAUACGAACAAAUGUGUUGUUAGAGGUUAUUAUUUAUUGUCUUGGUAACUUCCGCACAGCUUGGCCGGACAGUCCUGCACUAUGCUUAUCUCUUCAUGGAUGACCCGGAAAUGAUCAUUUUACUGCAGAGAUGUGGAGCGCGCACUGAUCUGACUGAUGUGGUGAGUGGAACAAAUAGUUCCUAGAUUACAUGUUAUGAAUAUGGGGGAAAGUUAUAGCUUAAAUUGAUGACACCUUUAUUAUAUGGAUUUAUUAAACUUUAAAGGAUUUGAAAAUACGAGUCAGUGGUGUAUGAGUGUGUGUGUGUGUGUAUAUAUAGGCUAUGUGUGCGUGUGCAUGAGUUUGUGAGUGAGUGAGAAGUCCUUUUUGACCAGGUUGCAAGCUAAUCGAAAUAGUGACAUCUUGCUUAUUACAUUAUGCGUUAGAUGGAUCAGUUGUGUUCAAUUUUGGAAAUUCACUUUGUCAUUCAGUCCAAACAGUUUAAAACAUUGAAUGUAACUUAAGUUGCGUUGUCGUUGUGUUACAGUGUGGUCGUUUACCACGUGACUACAGCACGUUGUCAUGUGGAGUAGAUGAACAUCGACGUUUACAGAGAGAGGUUCUGGACGCAGACCUAGACAUCUACACAUACAGGACAGACUUUGAGAACUCCUUCCGCGCUGCUAUAAAGGUCAUUUUGUGUUUAGUAUCUGUAUCAUUCUCCUAGCUCUUUCUCCCUCCCUCUCUCUCUCUCUCUCUCUCUCUCUCUCUCUCUCUCUCUCUCUCUCUCUCUCUCUCUCUCUCUCUCUCUCUCUCUCUCUCUCUCUCUCUCUCUCUCUAUCUACACAUACAGGACAGACUUUGAGAUCUCCUUCCGCGCUGCUAUAUAGGUCAUUUUGUGUUUAGUAUCUGUAUCUUUCUCCUAUCUCUUUCUCCCUCCCUCUCUCUCUCUCUCUCUCUCUCUCUCUCUCUCGCUCUCUCUCUCUCUCUCGCUCUCUCUCUCUCUCUCUCGCUCUCUCUCUCUCUCUCGCUCUCUCUCUCGUUCUUUUUUCCUCUCUCCUUUCCCGCUCUCUUUCUCCUUUAUUCCUUUUUCUUUCUCCAUCUCUUUCUCUCCUUUCUCUCUCUCUCUUCCUCUCACUCUCCCUUUCUCUCUCUCUCUCUUUCUCUCUCAUUAUUAUUAUUACUACAGAGGUCUUAUAUAGCGCAGUACCCCAGCCAAGGGCUGGCCUCACCGCGCUUCACAAAAAAAUAUUGGGAAAAAAGCUUUCGAAGGGGUGACUAGACUGAAAGAAGUUCGGUUAGAGAGGAAGGACAGGAAUCCGAGAAAAAAGUUGUGACAGAGAACAGACAGUUUGUAAUCAAUGCGUGGAUGUGUGCUUGUAAAGGUAGCCAAUUAAGUGAGUGAAGUAGUGGAGUGGCAUGAUCUCUCCCUUUCUCCCUCUAUCUCUUUCUUCCCCCUCUCUCUAUCGCUCUCUCUCUCCCUCCCCCUCUCUCUAUCGCUCUCUCUCCCUCCCCCUCUCCAUCUCUUUCUACCCCUCUAUCUAUCUCUUAUAAUAUCUCCCACCCCUCUAUCUUCCUUCUUUCCUCUAUCUCUUUCUCUCAGUCAAUCUCUCCUUCUCUCUCUGGCUCUCAUUCUCAAACGUUUAUCCAUCUGCGCCCCCCCCCCGGUCUCUAACCCAUUGUCUUUCAUAUUAUAUUUAUUUCCCUCUCAGGCUCUCUUAUCCUCUUAUUUCCUCUUUCUCUUUCUGCUCUCUUGACAUUUUCUUGCCAACAAGUUAUUUUUGAAUGAAUAGUUUGGAGCCCGACUUCAAAAAUACGCCCAUACACUAUCCAGGGAGACCAACUCAUAAUAACAAAUGAAUGUAAAAACAUGCUGCAACAUGACGUGACAUAAAAACAUUGACCUAUCCAACCCACAGGCAGCUGACCUGCCCCUCGUCGAGCAUCUGAUCGCUGGUCUGUCACGGCACGGUGACGUGGCACGCUACAGCCAGUUCUUGUUUGACUGUGUUGAUCUGUGCAGGGAAGACAUCGCCAUUUUCCUGCUCAAAUCUGGUUUUCGAACAGACAUUUGGAGACAGGUAAUGAACUCUCCAAGUCAAAGUCAGGCGUUUACUUCAGGCGAUCUUCGUGGGAACAUUGUUCAUGGGGGAAUGACUUUGACAAGCACAUUCGAUGCACUAUUAAUCUGGUUUUCGAACAGACAUUUGGAGACAGGUAAUGAACUCUCCAAGUCAAAGUCAGGCGUUUACUUCAGGCGAUCUUCGUGGGAACAUUGUUCAUGGGGGAAUGACUUUGACAAGCACAUUCUAUGCACUAUAUAUAUAUAUAUAUAUAUAUAUAUAUAUAUAUAUAUAUAUAUAUAUAUAUAUAUAUAUAUAUAUAUAUAUAUAUAUAUAUAUGAGUGUUUGGUGCGGUUGUAUUGAUAUAUAAGUGAGUGCUACAGUUUUAUUGAUAUAUGAAUGUGUGACAUGGUUGUAUUGAUAUAUUAUGAGUGUGUGGUAUAGUUGUAUUGAUAUAUUAUGAGUGGGUGGUACAGUUGUAUUGAUAUAAGAGCAGGCAGUACAGUUAUACCGAUACAGGAGUGGUUGGUACACUUAUAGUAGAAAAAUUAUCAGACGGUACAAGUCUAAUGAGAAAUGAUGGGAUUGUUAUAUAGAGAAACGAGCUGGCGGUACAGUUCUAUUGGGAGACGGGCAGGCGGUACAGUUCUAUUGGGAGACGGGCAGGCGGUACAGUUCUAUUGGGAGACGGGCAGGCGGUACAGUUCUAUUGGGAGACGGGCAGGCGGUACAGUUCUAUUGUGAGACGGGCAGGCGGUACAGUUCUAUUGGGAGACGGGCAGGCGGUACAGUUCUAUUGGGAGACGGGCAGGCGGUACAGUUCUAUUGUGAGACGGGCAGGCGGUACAGUUCUAUUGUGAAACGAUCGGGUGGUACAGUUCUAGUUUGCAUGAGGACGUUCCGAAACUCUUGGUCAUCUUGCCGUUAUAGCUUUAAUGGAGUCACGUCCCCUCUGACCGCCACCUAAACAGAACUGUAGGGUGGACGUUAUUUUGAAUAUGAUUAAGUGCGUUAAUCAUGCGAGACAUAGACAUUUCAUGGAAUUGUCAUAAUGAUGGAAAAUAAAUAUAUUUUAACUUAAUUUAAAGCUGUAGAUGAGGUCAGGUGUUGACGUGCAAUUUACGUUGAAAUAAUUGCACGGUAAGGAGGAACUUGAUGUCAAAUUAAACAACAAAAAAUGAUCUUCUGCCUGUCAUCUGGCACAAUUACCUGUACCCUAUCGUAUCACACGCCCUGUUUGUCUGACACGUCCUGUUUGCUUGACACGUCUUGUUUGUCUGACAUGUCCUGCUUGUCCGCCAUAUUGUUGUUGUGAAAUAGAUCGAGCUCAUUCAUAUUUCAUGUGUUUAUGUAAAACCGUCUGAACAAGUGACCUUGCCUUGGUGACCUCUUGACUUUGACAAGCACAUUCUAUGCACUAACUUUUCAUUUUAUCCGUACAUGUUUUAAUCAUCUAUUUCCAAAACUAGUCAUUGUACAUUACAGGACACACUCUGGUGCUAGUUUAACAAUUACUUGAAUUGCAUUGAAACUAUUCAUUGUUUAACUGUUCUUUUAUUUCCUAUCACCAGAAUCCGCUAUGCAUAAAUCAGAUUCCGGUGUGUGCCAGUCGGGAGUGUGGUCACUCCAUGGUCAGCUUAAAGCAGAGGGCAGUGGAGACAGGAUGUACCAGAGUAUCAAAACUCAUCAAUGCCUUAACAGUUGAUACCGUCUCGUAACACCUUUAAAAUCUAAGCCAGGUUACUACAGUUAUUGGCAUGUAGUGCUCUGGUCUACUCCACCACAUCCGUCUGUUCAGACAUCAUCAUCAAUGGCAUUACAGCCAAUCUAGGGCUCUGGUCUGCUCCACCACAUCCUUCCGUUCAGACCGAUCCCUGGCUUUUCGUCUCAAUUUGCGUCUCCCCAUCUGAUGUAAAUCCGUCUCCAUAUCAGGCUACCACAAUCAGCAGCUGUUAUUCGACUUUAGAAUGUUAACAUGUUUUCAUACUAACUAAACUAGCACAUUUGUAUAUAUUUUUAUUCACUUUUGAUUUUGUGACACCCCACCCCCCCCCCUCGUUGAACCCUUGUGACCCUCAGAUUUUCAUUAAAAAAUGUAUACUUUGUUAACAUGCAAUUGUACAAAUAUUAUUCCAAAACAGCUCAAUAAAAUUAAUUAAUAUGUAAUUUAUUCAUUUAUUAUGUAAUUAUCAUUCUCAAAUUUCUUUUAAAUAUAAACACAACAUGGACGCAUAAUAAACCAUGUAAUCUGAUGAUGUGUAACAUUUCAAUUACUAUGUACAUAUCUAAAAU